AUGUCAGCAUGUGGCUGUUUGUCUGUUCACUACAAGCAGGUUGUUCUGUGUUGUAGAAAGUCCAGAUGUCUUGUUUCAUGUAAAACCUCAAACCAACCUGAGUGUGAUUUCUCUUUAGUUCUGACCUCACUGCUGAGCUGCACAACAAACCAAGCCUCUCUGACUGUGAGUCCCAGCAGCUCUCAGUUUUUCACCUGGAAGUCUGUCUCUCUGAGCUGUGAGGAGGACGACAGCUCUGCUGGAUGGACGCUGAGGAGGAACACAACCAGAGAAACCAGGACUCAGUGUGGAGCUGGCUGGGGAAGAUCAGCUAAUUCUUCCUGUUACAUCAGCUACAUUAACCCAGUGGACAGUGGAGUUUACUGGUGUGAGUCCACAGAGGGAGCAACCAGUAACACCAUCAACAUCACUGUCACUGGUGGACCAGUGAUCCUGCAGAGUCCUGUCCUCCCUGUGAUGGAGGGACAUGAUGUCACUCUGCACUGUAAAACAGAGACCCCUCCCUCCAACCUCCCAGCUGGUUUCUAUAAAGAUGGCUCCCUCAUCAGGACUGAGCCUACAGGUCACAUGACCAUCCACCAUGUUAACAAGUCUGAUGAAGGCCUCUACAAGUGUGACAUCAGCGGUCAUGGAGAGUCUCCAUCCAGCUGGAUCUCUUUCACAGUGAAACCCACCACUACAAGUCCUCCUUCAACCACCUCUCCUCCUGGUUCCUCCUCUACUUCUCCCUCUGUAUUGUGGUUGGCCGCUCUAUCUUUCUGUGUUCUGGUUGUACUGGUUCUUCUGGUUCUACUGGUGAGACGAUGCCUCCACAGGAAACCUAAAGGUUAGACACAGACUCCAUGUGAUGCAGUUCACAUU